AUUUGCUUACGAUUGUGAUUGAAGGAAGAGAAGAUGAAUACACCUUCUCCGACAUUAAAUUAAAUCCUCGUUUUUUUGUUUUCUACUCAGUAAUCGUACUGAAUUUUCUAGUGCAAGAGAGAAAUUAAACGAGAGAUGGGUUGGAGAGGAAUAUUGGGGUUUGAUUACGGGAUUGUGCAGGCGCCAUUAGGCCCCGAUAUUUCCGGCCCGGAGCUGGUCGCCGCUGUUGCAAACGCCGGCGGCCUUGGUUUUCUCCGAUCCCCUGAUUGGGCGGCACCCGAUUACGUGAGAGAGCUUAUAAGGAGAACAAGAGCUUUGACCGAUAAACCAUUCGGAGUGGGUGUCGUUCUUGCGUUUCCUCACGAGGAAAACGUAAAAGCUAUAUUGGAUGAAAAAGUUGCGGUUUUGCAGGUUUACUGGGGCGAAUGUUCACAACAGCUCGUGCUUCAGGCUCAUCAAAGUGGGGUGAAAAUCGUACCUCAAGUCGGUAGUUAUGAAGAGGCAAAGAAAGCUGUUAAUGUGGGUGUAGAUGCAAUAAUUGUUCAAGGAAAUGAAGCUGGAGGGCAUGUGAUUGGUCAGGAGGGGUUAAUGACAUUAUUGCCGAGAGUAGUUGAUCUCGUUAAGGGUCGUGAUAUUCCUGUAAUAGCUGCCGGUGGAAUAGUGGACGAGCGUGGCUAUGUGGCUGCUCUAGCCCUUGGAGCCAAUGCUGUUGCACUCGGCACUCGGUUCCUUGCAACAGAGGAAAGCUAUGCUCACCCUAUAUACAAGAGGAAGUUAGUCGAAUUUGAUAAAACCGAGUACACAAACGUAUUUGGACGUGCUAGAUGGCCAGGUGCACCUCACCGUGUCUUGAAAACUCCGUUUUUCCUGGAUUAUUGCGGGACCCUUCCGAAUCACGAGAACGAGACCAAUCAGCCAAUCAUAGGCCGUUCACUCAUACAUGGAGUGGAGAAAGAGAUUCGAAGGUUUGGCGGGACCGUACCGAAUGCAACGACAACGGGCGAUAUUGAAAGUAUGGCGAUGUACGCUGGACAAGGUGUGGCGCUGAUUGAUGAAAUUAUACGGGCUAGUGAAGUUAUAGAGAGACUUGUUAACGGGGCUCGAGGUUUAAUUCUGAAAGAAUUUGCUUCAGAAAAGUUCGGAGAGGCGAUUUAGGUAUCUUCGAACUAACUGAAACGUGUGCUUUCUCCUCAACGAAGAAUGUUAUAGCAACCACUUUUUGUAUCUACUUAAUGAUGUACUUAACUUAAAUAAACCUAAUUUUGGUGGAAAGUGAUCCAUUAAUGAUUUACUUAAUAAUAAUUAAUACCUAAUUUUGG